AUGAUACAUUGGGUUCCACUGCUAGGAGGACUUCUUGCUGUAAAUCUUCUUAGUGUGAAUGGAUCGAACGAUCCAGUUUAUGCACUAUGGCCACAGCAAACAAAUGCAACUUUAUCACUAUCCGUUGAUGAAGAUGGUUUGUCAAUUGUCAAAGCGUCGGAUGGAGGAACUCUUGGCACCUUUGAUAUCAAAUUUAAUACUGGGUCAGAGAUACUUUUGGAUCCGCUACUUUCUACCAUUGAGAUUGUGUGGGUCCCGGCUCGUGACGCACGCAGUUCGACGUUCGAUCGCUUCUGGACAAAUUCGCAACGGUUUGAUGGGAUAAAUGCAGAGGGUAUCCAUUUACAAACCAAGCUAAGAGACGAAGGUUCUUGGAACUUUGUCAAUGAAACGGUGCAUGAGCGAAUUGAGGAGAAUAUUCGCAACAUCUUACACAUUGUACUACCCUCGAUAGAUAUCCUGCCUCAAUUGUCGAGAGGAUUUUUGGCCAAGUCGCUGUGCGGUUUCCACUCCUGGAUGGCAAGGAACCCACUUCAAGAGAGUUUACACGAGUCUACAGACAAAUCAUCAAGUUUGUGCUACGCAUCGUCGUUCCCGUUGUCGGCCAAGAAUGAGAGCAUUACAUUUUUCAACAGAAUGAUCCGUGUGGCAAACGGUGGUUCUGUUGAUUCACUCAAGUCGGUGGCAGAACGUACAGUGCUGGAGAACAAACAAAGCUUCUACACGGGUCAGCGCGAACACUGCUUAGCAGUGGUGAAACUCGGUCGCAGUCCAGUUUCUUCAGCGAUGAUUGAAGCAGAGAUUUUGGAGGUAUGGGUAUCACAAUCGGACAAAGUGCAGGCACCAUGGGUGGCCACUCUUCCAGUACGUGAGACCAAAAGCGACAUUCUAGUUGUAACGUCAAUUGACCGAGAGCUGGGUCUUGACAAACUCGAGUACGCUUGGGUUCAACGAGAUGGCAAGCCCGGAGCGCCUGGAGUUGCUCCAUCUGUGUUUGAGGUCCAAAUUGCAAAGACUGCAGUAGCGGCGUCAAUACAGGCUGCUAUCGUUGGAGAAGGUUUUCAUCGUCGGUAUGUAAUGGAUGUGGAGCUCCUUGAUAAUGAAGUCUGCGGUAAGACUACUUGCGACAAAACGGUUCUUAUGCUUGUGCCAGUGUCUAGGACCGUGUAUCUCGACUUGGACGAGCUUCGGAGAAUGGAGCGCUUUGGCGAUCUCAAACUUGCAUCCUUCACGAAGCACAUUGAAAUCGAGCGGCCCUCGGUUGUAUCCUCUCAACAUGUUGUUGGUCUCGAGUUUACAAUGCCAACAACGAACCAAGCGCACAUAGAAUUUCCACUUCAUUUUCGGUAUCAAGCCCCGUCAGAAACCGAUUUGUAUCGCCAUGCAUCCGUCAUUGCUCCCGACUUGUUCCUAGUCUGCCCGAGUGGAGAUCGUUCCGUCAAAAGGAAGCUGAAGUCAUCGAAUGAUGAUGCUAUACAGAGCUAUUUUCAGACCUGGGGACUAACGAGGUUGCCAGAUCCAGCAAGCGGCGACCACCACUGGCUUCGUCUGACAACGAUCUCUCCUAUUCCAGUAAUCGACGUACCUGUACCUGUCGGCUAUCUUCCCUCAGCUUGGCUUGUAAGCUCCGUAACUCUUUUGUUUGCGAGUAUGGGUGCAGCACUACUCCUCUGGGUUUCAAUUGGUGUAGCAAAGACAGCUCAGGGUUCGACUACUAGCAAUGAUGCUAAUUGGAAACGUAAAACACAAUAG